AUGCACACACCACCGGGGCCUCAGACGAGCUCAGCCUGCAUCCGAACUGCGUGCCGGGCCGGCCUGCCGCCCCCACCCCCAAACUCCACCAGACCUACGGCGACAGUCAGGAGACCUCCUCCUCAAAAGGGGACGCUGCCACCACUGCAGAGCCAGCCGCCGGGCCGCUAUGAGUACAGGCUCGCCAGCGUGCUGUCUCACCUCGGUCCCAGCAUGCACCACGGUCACUAUAUCAGUGAAUGUGGCGACCGGGAUGGGAACUGGCUCUCGUUCGAUGACGAGAUCGUGAAGAAGACUGACCUCGAGUCAGUGCUUCACCAGAGAGCCAGCAAUGCGUACCUGCUCUUUUACGAGUACAGGGGUGCCAGCAAGUAGACCAGGAAAGAGCAGAACGACAAACACCAGAGCACAGAAAUG